GUGGUAAAAAAAUUAGUAAAAAAUUGUAAAAAAUAGUUUAAACAUGGGUUUGUGUUACCUAGUACUAGGUUUUGCUUUAAGUGCUACAGUGUUCGCUCAAUUUCCAAUCGAACGUCAACAAAGUCAGUUCCGUGUGGUUUUAGAAUGGCGCGUGUUAGACUUCAGGUGGCCCGAUCCUUCAAUACGCGAACAGUAUUUGUUGAACCAAUCAUAUAUUCCGGAGAAUAAUUUGUUGUCGGAUGUCAAGCCUUAUGGUAACAGGAUUUUUGUGACGGUUCCCAGGAUGAAACCAGGUGUCCCUGCAACUUUGGCCUGGAUACCGGAGAUUGGAUUUGGGCGCACCGAUCCGCCCCUGGAACCUUUCCCUAGUUGGGAAAUGAAUCGUAAAGGUGACUGUAAUGCUUUGCAGUUUGUCCAAGGUAUUGCUAUAGAUAACAGGGGUAUUAUGUGGGUUGUGGAUGCAGGACGUACUGAGACUUUGACCAACAACCCAAGUAUGAGGUGUAGACCUAAGUUGGUGCUUUUGGAUUUGAACAGAGACGGCCAGGUGGUGAGAAGGCAUACUUUUAGCGAGUACGUGGUUAAAACAAAUGCUAGUUAUUUGAACAAAAUUGUUGUGGAUGGUGGUUAUGCUUAUAUAACUGACAACAGUGGUGCUGAUCCUGGUAUAGUGGUUUACAGUUUGUUGGCUGAUAGAGCCUGGAAAGUACGGGAACCGAAUUCUAUGCGCGCUGCCAGAAACGCAGUCAAUUUAGUAGUCAAUGGUACGAGCAUAAGUUUCCCUAUUAACAUCGAUGGUAUUGCCUUGGGCAGUCGUGAAGACGGCACCAGAGUCGUCUACUACUGCCCUUUAACCAGUUUUCACCUAUACGCAAUGCCUGUACACAUUUUGCGAAACGAAUCCUUAUCCUCCGACCAAGGAUUUUUACGCACCCUGGUUGCUGAUGUGGGCAUCAAAGCCUCCCAAACCGACGGCAUGAUAAUGGACAACGAAGGUAUCCUUUACUACGGACUUUUGGGCGAACACGCAAUCGCAAUGUGGGAUUCCCGAGAACCCUUCUCAUCAGGCCAAAGAAUCAUCUCCAAAGACCAAACAUUUAUCCAAUGGGUUGACGGAAUGGGUUUCGACGAAAAUGGGUACCUCUACGUCGUCAUCAACAGGCUCCAAAAUUUCGUAGCAGGUUAUGUUAAUAGAAACGAGGUUAAUUACAGGAUUUUACGUGCCCAUACCGGUACCAGAAGUUACGUUUUUGCAGAAAAUGCAGAGUUGAGUUAUGAUGUGGAAAAGUUGCCGCAUAUUUCAGGAGCAUCGAAAUUGUCGUCGGUGGUGCUUAGUGGUUUUUUGGCUGCGUUUUUGGCAGUUUUUGUAUUAUAGUAAUUAGGUAGUCACUAACGAAUUUUGGAAGUCAGGGGAGAGGAGUAAUUGUAAAUAAUAUUUUAAGAGUAAUAUAAUUUAUUAGGUUAAAAAAUUAAUUAAUUUUAUUUAAUUUGUUACCAGACUUUACCAACAAUCAUAUACAUAAUGGUUCGAUAAAGGCGCCACUAGUUGUAGCUUGUAAAUGAACCACUAGAUUUG